AAUAACUGGACUAUAGAGCAAGGGAAUAGGUACACCAUAACUGCGACAGUCUUCAAUGCAGCUGGCAGUGCUCUAGUCAGUAAUGCUGUAACUGCAACAACUAUGCAGACAGAUCCAGGACAUCCCACCUUAGUCAGAAGUGGUAUAGUCACUUCCAGCAGUAUAACUGUCCGUUGGCAGGCAGUGUCUUGUCUUGACCGUAAUGGAGACGUAACUAGCUACAGAGCACAG